CAAAUAAGUGUUAAUUAAAAGUGUCUCCCCGUGACUUUAAGUAGAAAAUGAAAGUAUAUCAUUGGCAAGACUUCCAGAUUCGAUGAAUCGGUACCACCAUGAUGUAUAGGCAAGUUCUCCACCAUCAAGGCAGGGAGGAAGAUCUUGUUAAUCUCAACGUUGGGGGCACCCAGCACAAGGUGGAGUGCUGUGUUCUGCUCCGGUUCCCCAACACACGUGUGGGUCAGUUAAUCCAGUGCUGCAGCGAUGCCGCAAUCCUGGAACUCUGUGACGACUACAGCCCCGCUGAGCAGGAAUACUACUUCGACAGGAGCCCGCAAGUCUUCCACUGCGUUCUGAACUUCUACUGUACAGGACACUUUCAUGCUGCGGAGGAGCUCUGUGUGUUUUGCUUCAGUCAGGAGAUCGAAUACUGGGGCAUCAGUGAGCUGGAUCUGGAAGCCUGCUGUCUCGAAUGGUUCCUUGAGCGCAAAGAUGAGCGGGAGCAGACCGUGUCUGGCUGGUCUAGUAAUGCAGCGUCAUCUGGAGAGAUAUCGGUUGUGGGCAGUGACCUGUGGAGGUUUGAGGGCACGUGGUGUUCAGAUGUGCGCAAGUUCAUGUGUCAAACUCUUGAAGAUCCCAAUCACUCCAAGUGUUGCAAAGGUGUAGCUGCGGUUUCCGUCCUGGUCAUUGUGGCCAUGUGUAUCCACAGUAUGCCCGAAUUCAGUGGAGUUUGUCCAUAGUAGCUCCUCAGACAUUGAGGUUUUUGGGAAAGCCUCUGAACAUCAUUGACAUGGCUUCUAUCU